UUUAGGGAGCAUAAGCAGGAGCUAUCGCCUUUCGGCCAGAAGAUCAACAUUAUACUUAGCAAAUUGAGGAAGCAAAUUUCACUAUGCCGCCAACAAAUUGAUGAAGCAAACUAUAUCAAGAUCUUGAGGAAAAUGUUGAAAACACCAACUGAAAUUAUGGAAGUCUUUAAGGUGCUAAUUUUCUGGAAGAAUGUUCCUCAGACCCCCAUCUAUGACGGUGCUACUAAAACACUGGUUAGCUUUGAAGUUUUGAGAAAGAAGAACGUGUUCUUGUUUGUUUCGACCUUGGACAUUACAGAGGAAGAUGUUUCGAUUAUGAGGCCAGUUUUUGAAAAAAUAAAGACAGAUGACCAGUAUAAAAUUAUUUGGGUUCCCAUAGUGGAAGAAUGGAACGAGGCGUUGAGAAAGAAGUUCGAGUUUCUCAAGUUCAAGAUGCCUUGGUUGGUGUUGCACCACUUUGAAUGCAUUAAGGGGUUCAAGUUCAUUAAGGAGGAAUGGCAAUUCAAGAAGCAACCUAUGAUUGUAGUGAUGAACCCUCAAGGCAAGAUUGUGCAUCACAACGCAUUCCACUUGAUUCAGGUUUGGGGUCUGCAGGCCUUCCCUUUCACCGCCAAAGAAGAAGAAAGGCUCAUCUACGAAGCAAGUUGGGUAGUCUCCCUCUUUCCCGGCCAUCCAAAGGCACAUGCGUUGUUUAAGGAGAACAAGUAUAUCUUCUUCUAUGGAGGCAAGGACAAGGAGUGGAUCCAACAGUUUUCCAAGUAUGGAGGGGCCCUUGCAAAUGAUGCCACCAUCAAAGAGGCAAAGAUUUCGCUGGAGCUAUUUUGUGUGGAGAAUGAGAGCCAGAGCAUGAUAAGCAAAUUCUGGGGUGCAGUAGAGAGCCUGUUCGUAACCAAAAUGAACAAUACUACCAAUAUUGUGACUCAAGAGGUUCAAAAGAUGUUGUCCUACAAGAAUGAGAUGGGGUGGGCUCUUCUCUGCAAAGGGACGACAGUUCUGGUCGCCGGUCACGGCACCACUAUUCUCAAGACUGUGGCUGAGUUCGACAAAUGGAAGGAAUUGGUGGUGAAGAAGGGAUUUGAUUUAGGGUUUAAGGAGCACCACCAGAAGGUGGUUAAGACCAGUCACAGGUGCACCUUCCUUGAGAUUCCUAACGUUGCUGGAAAGAUACCCGAUAUUAUCAAAUGCCCUGAAUGUGAACGCACCAUGAACGUCUUCAUCAGCUAUAAAUGUUGCCACAAAGUGGAUUCUGCUGAGCACGGAUCCCUUGCAUAGAGCCGAGGUUU